GCCAUUCUGCCGUGCGCGCUGCUUCGCAUCGUGGGAGCAGCUGUCGUUCCUUGCUGCAUCGAUAAGAUAGAGCGUUGUUAAGCUGAUAGACUUCGUUAAAUGAUGCCGACUGGCCGGCUGCUCGACCAAUUUUCAUCAAGGCUACAUGAAACCAUGAGACAAAGCAAGCCGAUCUAAAGCUGCCUACCUUGAGCCGCAUUGCACUCUUGUGCACCUGAGAGAGAGGACUCCGAGGCUUCGGCGUAGACAUGGAUGCUUGUAAACAGAGUCUGUAUGCCUCGCUGCCUGCGCUCGUGUCCGAGUCGUUGCGAUGGGCCAGCCUGGUGUCCCUGGCAUUCGGCUGGACGGAAGUCGUGCACCGUCCUUUGCCCAUCGCCUCCAGGCGCACCAUGACAGUCAUGGACGGGGUGUUCACGCUCUUCAACGUGGGAUCAUCGGUGACCACGAUACGGCAGGCCGUGUACAUGGUGCGAGAGAAGGAGAAUCUGUUCGACAUCUGCUCCGGCAUCACGAGGACCGCGGCUGCCAGCUUCGCCAGUGCAGUGGUCCUGGUGACACUGAGCUUGGUGGCGGCUUGGCGCAACAAGCGCGCACAGCCCUGCUCAGCCUACAUCUGGUGCGUACUGGGCCUCUUGGCUACAGCCGCAAUGAUUGACGCCGUAGCCUUGGAACAACACCUGUGGUCCAUGGAGAGGAUGGUCUUGUCUGACUUCAACUACCAACGUGGCGUAGUUCUAGCCGAGGUACUCGCCGUUUUCUUUCUUCUCGGCUCGUUUCUUUCAACUGGUCUUCGAGACCGCACCAUCUUCAAAAGCGACGAUCGAAAGUCUAAGGAGAGACUCCAUGACGACACGUCUUCACCGUUUGGCGUUUUUGUAUGCUGGCCACUACGCACCCACCUAGCCAACGUCGUGCUUCAUUCAAAGGUCGUCACGGAGGACGUACCACUGCUGCCCCACAGAUUCAAGUGCGGUCCGCUACUGCGGCAGCUCAGCAAUCACCUCUCCGAAGGAUGGCGCAAGGCCACAACCACCGGGCGUUUUGUCGCCACGAUCAUGCGGGUACUUUGGAUUGACGUCAUGUGGACAGUCGUGAGCACCCUCAGCUACUUAGGGUGUGUGAUCAUCAAGGUGCCUAUUCUCGAGUCUCUUAUCGAGGCGUCCACCGACUGGGACCGCGCCACGUCGGCGGUGCUCUUCGCGGCUGCCUCGGUGGCAGACCUGUUGCUGUGCUCCUACCAGACGCACGUGUCACUACGCCUGUGCAUGCGGGUGCGUUCCAUGCUCCAGGCUGCAAUCUUCACAAAGAUGACCCGUCUGUCGCCAUCCGCACUGACUCGCAACCCGUCGGGCUACGUGGUCUCCAUGCUUGGCGUGGACUGCGUGCAGCUGUCGGGAAGCACGCUGCAGUUCCCGCUUCCCGUGAUUGGCUCACUGUGCAUGCCACUUGUGCUGUGGGUGCUGGCCAUUCGCGCUGGGACCGUGCCGGCGCUAGGAUGCGCAGUGUGGCUCAUGAUCGUGCUCUUUCUGCCCUUCCCGACGUCGGUGCUGCAGAAUUCGCUCUGGAAGCGGGUGAUGCGGUUCCGCGACGAGCGUCUGAAGAGCACCGCGGACCUGCUGUCCUCGGUUCGCGUGGUAAAGCUGUAUGCGUGGGAGGAUGCCUACCUAGGUACCGUGGGACGGCUGCGGGACGCCGAGCUGGCCGUCCUCCUGCGCACGAACGUGCUGGACGGUGUCAUGGACUCGCUCUACAGCUCCACGUCUUCCAUGCUGACCAUAAUCCUGUUCGGGCUUUUGGCCGUUGUGGGAGGGACACACACGUUGACGCCAGCACUGUCCUUCUCGUGCCUCUACUUGCUGUCGCUGACCGACAUGAUCACCAACAUGCUGGCCAACACGCUGCGCAUGAGGAGCCUGGUGUCACUCGGUCUGAGACGGAUAUGUAAGUUCUGCACCGAGGAAGAGCAGGAGGUACGUCCCCAGGACUCCAAAGACCCUGCAAUCCUAAAGGGGGAAGUGAUGCUGUCUGAGUGCAGCUUCUCGUGGACGCAGCACUCGUCCCACUCCUCCUCUCCGGUGCUCAGCGAGCCCUCACUCAUGGACGUCACCUUCCGAGCAGCGCCCGGCUCCUUGGUGGGCAUCGUAGGCUUCGUUGGCAGCGGGAAAUCCUCUCUGCUGUCCGCCAUAUUGGGUGACAUGCAUCGCACUCGAGGCACCCUUCACACGUCGGGGUCCAUUGCGUACGUGUCCCAGGUGGCGGCGAUAUACAACAUGACCGUCAGAGACAACAUCACGUUCGGGAAACGGUUUGACCCAGCUCUGUACGCACGAGUGAUCAAGGCUUGCGAACUUCUGAAUGACCUUAACACUUUCCCUGCCGGUGACCUGACCGAGGUCGGAGAGAAGGGCGAGACACUGAGCGGUGGCCAGAAGCAACGCAUCUCGCUGGCGCGUGCCGUGUACAGCAGAUCGCACAUCUACCUGCUCGACGACCCACUCAGCGCACUCGAUCCCACGGUGGCCGCCAGGGUCUUCAAGCAUGUCAUCGGCAAGAACGGGCUGCUCCGAAACACGACGCGCAUUCUAGUGUGCAACCAGGGCUCUCUCCUGAAGCACAUGGACAGUCUCGUACUCAUGCACGGCGGCACCGCGUCAGUGUUCGCCACGGUCUCCGAGCUGCUGCAGCACAAGGACACACCACGCACGGUGCGGGUGGCCGACUCCAGGCAGGCCAACGCCAGGCAGACGACAGCCAGCGGCGUAAGCGACGACAAGGACACUUCGGACCAGGAUGAGGCGAAAGGAAGGGUCACAGUAGAGGAAACCAUAACAUCGUCAAAGACUUCAUUGGAAGUGGCGAGCGCCCUGGGCCGGUUGUGCGGCGUGUGCGGACCCCUGGCGCUACUGUGCUUCGUGGCGAGUGCUGGAGCCGUGGCCUGGCAGCAGCUGUACGUGAAGCGGUGGACUGACGCCAUGGUUGCAGGAGCUGACUCCUCAGCCAGCUGGGUCGGAGGCUUGGUCGCCAUCUCGCUUUCUGACGUGCUGUUCCGAACGGCCGGCGGGUUCCUCCUGGCGGCGAGCUCCCAGCGGCUAUCGCGCCUGUUACACCAUUCCAUGCUGGAGCACCUGCUGGCCAGUCCAAUGUGCUUCUUCGACUCGACGCCUCGGGGCCGCAUCCUGGCCCGCUUCUCCUUUGAUCUGGACGCCAUGGACUCCCGACUGUUUCUAUCCGCCAAGCAGAGCCUGCAGAACGGAUUCAUCACAAUCGCCAAGCUGGUCGUUGUGGGGACGCAGACGCCGCCCGUGCUGGCUGUGGGCGUGGUCGCCAUCGUCGCUAUGGGCUUCGCUAUGAGGUGGUCAACGCAGGCGUCGAACGCGGCGCGCUACCUGGAGAGCCGGAACGUGAGCCGCAUGCUGCAGCACGUGACCGAGACGCGUGACUCGCUGAGCACGGUGCGCUGCCUGGCGGCAGUGCCGCGCUUCAAGCAGCACUUCGAACGGCUCUCGGACCUCGGGCUGCGCGCCUUCGCGACAUUCUGCAUGUGUUUUCGCUUCGCGCGCUUCGCGGCCGGCAUGUGCGGCCUGCUCGUGGUGCUCGCGGCGCUAGCGUUCUCCGUGGCCCUGGCGGGUCGCGAGCCAACAGACCAGGCGAGCAGCAGCGUGGGACUGGCACUCAGCUCGUCCCUGUCGAUCCCGAUGAUGACGGUGGCUCUGUGCCUGUCACUCUUCGUGGUCCUCCAGGGCACAGUCUCCUUAGAGCGGGCCCUCGAAUACACAGAGCUGCCCGCAGAGGUCGACGUUGAGAAAAGCGCAGCGGAUCGAGACGAUGCCGGCGAUAGCCUGCUCAUCGCACCAACACUCGAAGACGCCUGGCCCAGUGAAGGUCUAGUGGAGUUCGAGAAGUACUCGGCCUCCUACCGUCCGGGAAUACUGCCCGACGUGCUCAAGGGUGUCACCUUCGUCGUCGAACCGAAAGAGAAGGUGGGCGUUGUCGGCCGCACGGGCGCCGGCAAAUCCUCGCUAGUGCUGGCCCUGCUACGGGUUCUGAGGGCUUCGCAAGGGCGCAUUCUCAUCGACGGCGUCGAUGUGUCCACGGUGCCGCUGCGACGCCUGCGCUCCGCCAUCACCGUCAUACCCCAGGAUCCCACGCUGGUGCGCGGCAGUCUUCGGGACAACCUGGACCCGACGCGCAGUCACACAGACGAACAGCUGUGGAGGGCGUUGCGACAGGCUCACCUCUCCGACGUGGUGGCUGGCCGAAAGGAGGGACUGCUCAUCGAAACCGGAGAUGGAGGCUCGAACCUCAGCGUGGGUCAGCGACAGCUGGUGUGCCUGGCUCGCGCCCUGCUUCGUGGGCCCAAGAUACUCGUGCUGGACGAGGCAACGUCACAGAUGGACGGUGACACGGACCGCCUGAUCCAGGCCACGCUGAGGGACGCCUUCGCCCAAUGCACAGUGAUCGCCAUUGCGCAUCGCAUUCACACCGUGCUCGACUACGACAAGAUACUUGUAAUGGCGGAGGGUACCGUUCUGGAGUACGGGCCGGUCAAGAAGCUACUCUGUGACACCAGUUCUGCAUUCCACACGAUGGCCAAGAACGCCGGAGCUUUACCCUUUGACGUCCAUUACCGAGACUACGCGUCGACUACUGAACUGUGAAAAUGACUUUCAUCUCGCCGACGUAUUGCUGUACACUACCUUGGUGAAACUGUGCUUAGCUGGUGGCGCCAUACCUGGCGGGAUCUGAUCGAAGGGCACAAACUACUCAAUGCCUGUAGCAUGAACUUAAGAAGACACAAGCUGAAAGACACCAGGAUGCACAGGAGUAACAAUCGUCGUGCUGGCCUUUCGUGAUAUCAUCUGCUCGAGAGUAUAGAAUUUACCUGGACGAAUAGUACCACAGGCCACUUAUGCAGCUCCGUCACGAAGAAGGACUGCGCGCGCUCAUUUAAAUAAUAUACCUAUGGCUAACCAUGGGAGUGUCACGUGUGAUAUGAAACUGCUCCGUGACAAGUGCUGUUACGACGUCAGAAAGCUCGUCGAACGCAAGAAUAUUUGUGGCGGGUGAAGAGACAUGAAAGGCGUUAAAACAGGUUUACGUUUUACGCUAAAACACAGACAAUUUUUUUACAAAAAUCUUUAGUACGCAAAAGUGAAAAAAGUGUUAGUCCCACAAAACCCAUACAAUAUUACUCCAGCAAAAUUAAUGCAAUUUGUUUACCUUUAGGUCUGGCAUGAGAGAUUACAUUCGGGGAAAUAAAUAAUGCAAUCUUACUUGAAUAAAAAGCAAUUAUGAUAGUCUAAUUAUUUAGUAAUUGGCUUGAUGAACUUAUAACACGUGGAAAGUCACUCCACGUUAUCAGGUUAUGAGUUACCCGCCGUGGUUGCUCAGUAGCUAUGGUGUUGGGCUGCUGAGCACGAGGUCGCGGGAACGAAUCCCGGCCACGGCGGCCGCAUUUCGAUGGGGGCGAAAUGCGAAAACACCCGUGUACUUAGAUUUAGGUGCACGUUAAAGAACCCCAGGUGGUCCAAAUUUCCGGAGUCCCCCACUACGGCGUGCCUCAUAAUCAGAACUGGUUUUGGCACGUAAAACCCCAUAAUUUUUUAGGUUAUGAGUUUGGCGUCAAGGUUGCCGCACAUAAUAUUUUCAGCUGUCAAACUCCACGUAACGAAAAUUAUGUUUUCGGCUUUAUGGUUUCAACCGAAAGCUUCCUCAUCCAAUUUUCUUAAACAAUAUCAGCAUUAACGCACGUUGUGCGACAUAAUUAUAGACAAUCUGUAUCGUUACACUGAAACCACUUUUCGUGCAUACUCGAUGGUUGGUAUUUUUUGUGACAUCCCCGAAAUGUUUAUGCGUGUUCAGAAGCUAGCACGUACUUUGCACUGUGUUUCCGUAUUUUAAUAAGGAGGAAGUUCAGAUCACAACAGGUUCGCCUGCAGUACUUGUGCUGCUGUGUUCUGCGAGGGCGAUUCUAAAAUUGAGAUACAUUUCUCUCCCAGGUCUUAGUUUAGUCGGAGUUGGAAUACCAAAAAAAAAAACAUUAUGCUGCACUGUUUUUGCAAUAUUUACUUUAUCAUCAUCAUUGAACCGGUUAUUAGGAUUGAUUGUCAACCAUUUUAAAUUUAUGUAAAAUUUAACAUGCCGAAGUGUUUCGAUUUCACCUAAAAUUUGUCAUUUCUGUCGGCGUGAAAACGUGCCUUUCGUUUCGUGCACUACAUUUUCCAAAAAUCUCGCCAUUCAAGGUUAGUCGGCGCUGUUUCGUGGGCAGUGUUGGCAGGAACGAUUGUUACCCGUGUCAUCAUAUUACCGUGAUAACGAGGUGCGGCCCAAAACAUCAGCGCUGAUGCUGACACGGUUCGGGAUCUGGGCUGAUAAUCAGCAAAGAUUGGCUUUGUAAUAAUCGGUUAUCCUGUACUUAUCCCUCAUGGAACCUGUUUGGGUGCCUGUGCAACCUUUUUAAGGGCGUUUCUUAUCCGUUACCUACAAGGAGCGUAGUCACAAGCAUGUAUACAUGCUCACAAUAACAAAGGAUCCUGUACAUGCGUGGAUUAUAUCGGUUGUCUACGGAUAUUUGUCUAUGGUUGUGUACGGUUGUCGACCGAAAGAAAUAGUGGCCUGAUGCUUCCAAUCGACGUUUAUCUGCAGCAUGUCCUAACAUCCGACCAAAUUGAACUGCUUAGAUAAGAAAAGUA